UUCAGUGUUCAUACGAUGACCCGUUAUAUGUAUUCUCUUUUCUUUUUACUUUUUAUAAUUCCAAAUUGCUAUUCGACUGGAAUUGUUUGGAUUCGAAUGUCAGCAUCUAAAAAUAUGGCAUGCCGAAUGGAAGUAAUUGAUAAAGAUAAUUCAUCUCGUUAUGGAAUUUCUCUUGAUCUUCAACUUCAACCGAAUAUUCCAAAAGAGUUUGUUCUUCCAAUGCCAACAUCUUCUUCUCCUAUUCCAAUCUUUGACUACAGUAUUCAAACAUUAAGUUUGAUAACUGGAAAUAUAAUUUCUGGAAAGAAAAAUGUCAGAUUGCCGCUUCUCGUGAAUGAUCCUUGGGUUCACAAAACGAUUUCGAAUGAAAAUGGAGUUUCUGUCUUCACAUCAAUCCGAUUUGAAUGCCUUCCAUCUUUUUACGGACCAAAAUGUCAAUACUAUUGUACCUCUGGAGAAAAAUGCUCCAGGGAUGAGUGUCCAAAAAGGAAAUGCCAGAAUAAUUCUCAAUGUCAAUUUGAUGGAUCAGAAUCCAAAUGUGUUUGCCAGUCAGGAUAUAUUGGAGAGUUCUGCGAGAUUGAUCAAACUGUUUUCAACCAUCCGGCCGAUUCCGCAGUUGUACUGAUGUGUUCAAUAGUUUUCCUGUCGCUUUUUAUCAUUAUCAUCGCUGUUAUGGUGAUUAUGAAACAGAAAAGACGAACGAUCACCGAGCCAACGAAUUUAUCGACAGGCAAAGAGUUUUCGGUGGAAAUUUGUAAUUCUGAUCAACACAGAAUUCAAAUUCUCACUCCAGCUUAUUUAAUUUUUUCUGAUUUGUAGAAAAUAAUGUUUUUUUUUCAAACUAAUAA